UUGUCUCCUCUCAUCUGGGAACAUCAUGCUACCAAGAUUGACGCUCUCAGUUGCGCUACUCCUAACAAUGGGAAUUAUGUUGUCGAAGGGAUGCGAGUUGGAUCAGAUGCGAUACGGAUGCCGCAUCUAUAAUGCACAAUGCAGUUGUGGCUACGGCUGCAAAUCCGAAUACAGAUAUGACAACAAUGAUGAUUGCAAGUUAGCACUGAAAGGAAGACGUAGCGACAUAUGUUCUCGAUCGAAACCUUGCCUGAAUGAAGGCUCAUGUUCUCAAAUAUCGUCGGAGCCCGGAUUUAAAUGUCGCUGCGAAGGAACUGGAUUCUACGGCACUUACUGCGAGACACCUUGUCCACGAUCAGACAAUACACUUUUCCGAGGACAAUUCCCUUACGAGUGUGUGGUGAUCUAACUCGAAUCUCUCCUUUUACUUUCAUCUGAAAUACAAAUUUGUCUUAAUAUGAUACAUACAUACAUACAGGGAAAGAAACGCGUUUCAUAAAACAUAUUUACACACAUCUUUGUACAUACAUAAUAAAUAUUAAAACACACAAUCGUACGCCGUUCCAUCUCUCAUUUCCAUCCCUAUUCAGAAUAUUCUUGGGACCUUCGUAACCACAAUCUUGGAAAUAGCUCGGUAAGUUACACCGCAAAAUAACUUUACGGUUUUGAAAGAGCUCUGACGUUUUAUAGAAGGUAGAUAUAUUUCGAUGCUUCCACUGUUUAUUCAUCAAUAAUUUUACAAUAUGUAUGCACAUGAUGUGUUGGAUCCAUGAGUUUUGGGACAAGCGCUUAGUUUGUAUCGUGCUUGUGUACUUUACCUUAUUUACGUUAUUUCUCUCAUAUCUCUACAAUAAUGCCACACGUACUUCGCUUACCGUUUCAAAUGGCAAAACUUAUAAAACGUCUUACUUUUUACAUAUUUUUUUUUUGUAAUUUCCAUUGUGUAUGUCCACAGAAUUAGUAAUACACACUAAUUUGAUUUUACAACACUGCAUUAGAGGAACUUAACGACAUGUAUAUAUAUAUAUAUAUUUAUGUAUAUAUAUAUAUUUAUAUGUAUAUAUAUAUUAUCUAAGAUAAACAGUUGGCCAGUCAUAACUCUUCUUUUUCUUUUUUACAAAUUUAUAGACACCGUCUUAACAGAGUGACUCAAUAUCGUAAUUUAUUACAACAAAAUACACUACUCAUAAUAAAAUUCAGCAAAUUCCGGUAAAGAAUCUGUACUGCAGGAUGUUUUCCUUCAAUCUUGUAUCAAUAUCACUUCGCGUGUAAUUUCUUUUUCUUUUUCUUUUUCUUUUACCAUUGUACAUUUAUAUCACAUAUAAUGUACAUAAUAGAUAAAACGAAUUUCAAAAUAAAUCAUAUAAAUUGUAAAAGAUUGUAUAUCAACAUGUAUAAAGAUACUUUUUAUAAAGACACAAAUACAAGAUCUCAAAUACAAACAGGUAGCUAGCAAUCCAACCUGUAAAUAUUCUGAGACAUCUUUGAGUACUUCGUUAUUUUUAAGUAAUGAAUUGAUAUAUUUACCGAACAUGCAUGAAAAUAGAAAACUAAUAAAAAAUUUCGACAAAUCUUAUAAACUAUCCAUUUUACGUUCAAAAAAAUAACAUCAAAUAGGUAGCUUAGUAAUAAAUUCAUGAAGAUGUGGGAAAUUAACUAAAGAGAGAAACCAAUUACGUAUUAGAA